AUGUCCAGAAGAAGUCAAAACAUCCGAGCCUGGAGAUAUGUUUGGGGAGGAAUAAGACAAGAUGCUGAUGCUCGAGCUCUCGUGUUGGCUUCUGAAAAUGAGGGCUGGGGUUAUGAGCGCCUAGAGUACAGUGAUUCUGACUCGGAGGCGGACUUCUCAGCAGUUAUGGCACCACCGGUACCCAGUGCCGUGCCUGUUACGGGAGAGUCAUACUGUAGUUGUGACUCACAAACUGAAACAAGCUACAAUUCCCGCUUACGAGGAUUUCACCAAGUGAAAGACUGCCACUGUGGAGAGGAUGAUCAGGAUUUCGACUGGGUUUGGGAUUCUAGCUGCAGAUCCACAGCAACAUUGUUGAACUGCGACAACCGUAAAGUAAACUUCCACUCUGAAUACAGUUGUGGGACAGCCGCAGUGCGAGGCUCCAAAGAGCUGGUUGAAGGGCAGCAUUUCUGGGAGAUCAAGAUGACAUCUCCAGUGUAUGGGACAGACAUGAUGGUUGGGAUUGGUACAUGUGAUGUCAACCUGGACAAAUAUAGACAUACAUUUUGCAGCCUGCUGGGAAAGGAUUCUGACAGUUGGGGCCUUUCAUAUACUGGACUAUUGCACCAUAAAGGAGACAAGAUGAAUUUCGCCACCCGAUUUGGACAAGGCUCUAUUAUUGGUGUGCAUCUGGACACUUGGCAUGGAACGCUUACAUUUUUUAAAAAUCGCAAGUGCAUAGGUGUUGCUGCCACAGAGCUCCAGAAUAAACGCUUUUACCCAAUGGCUUGUUCAACAGCAGCAAAGAGCAGUAUGAAGGUAAUCCGCUCCUGCUCUGCACCCACCUCUCUUCUAUACCUUUGCUGUGCUCGUCUUCGCCAGCUGCUCCCGGACUCUGUAGACACCCUUGAUGCGCUGCCACUGCCACCUGGGCUACGUCAUUUACUGCAUAACAAACUUGGAUGGGUGUUGAGUCUUGGUAGUAGCAGCCUAGAGGAGACUCUCGAUGAGCCGGAGCAGUCUCCAGACUUGUCUGUCCCUGCUUUAGCUGGAGCGCCGCCCUCAGAGAGCGACUCGGAGGGCUGCACGUCCGACCCUGAAGCCUUCCAGAGGAGCCAAGUCUCCAGUAUAUCUUUCCGCACGUUGUCUGACAUUUGA